AAUUAUAAGAAUUAUAGAUGUCUGAGCUUAUAGGAAACUGGAUUAACAAUGAGGUAGAAUUACCUCAGCAUGUAGAGGACUUUGAGAAAGACUUCUCAAAUGGGUAUCUCUUCGCAAGGCUCCUCAAACACUAUAAACAGCUGGACGAUAUCAGCCCAUUUUCUCGUAAAUAACAACAGGGAUAGUAGGAUAAAUAAUUUUAUCCUUCUUGAGCCUAUCUUUAGAAGCCUGCAGAUCAGGUUCAAUGCUAAACAGAUCAAUGAUAUCAUCAAGGAGAAGAGAGGCAGCUCUCUCCAACUGCUGUGCCAGCUUAAGAUGAAACUUGAGAAAGUUGGAGUACCACUUGACGGUCAUAUGAGUGAUACCAAGCCUGCUAAGAAGCUGAAUCCUGGCAAAGAGAAGUACGAUACACAAGCUCAUAACCACUUCAAGGUCCAACUUCAGGAGCUUAAUGAGAGUCAGAAGAAUAUAAAUUUGAAAAAUCACCUGAAGAAAUUUGAAGAGAUCAGACAGAAGCAAGAAGCCCAGGCUCAUAGAGAAGAUGAGAAGGAACAUGAAAUGAAGAUCAAGCUUAAGCAUGACAUGAGACAUUCCCAAAUCGAUAAGUUACAAAGAAAUGCUGGAUUUAUGGAAGAGUGGCUCAGGAAAGGAAUUGAAGACUGGAAAAAGAACCAAAAUGUUAAGAAAGAGCGUGAAAAGAAGCAGCUCCAGUUUGAAUUUACAUUGACAAAGAAGUUAGAAUCUCAGACCAUGACUCAGAUCAACAAGGCCAAGUCUGAAGUUAUUGAUGGAAUAGAAGAAUUUGAGAACAAUCUUAAAAGAAAUGGUAUCGAGACUGAAGCACCAGGGAGUAAGGAGUCCUCACCUUCUAAGACAAGACUUACGAUAAAUAAGUCUUCAAAUCUCUUUGGCAGAACAAAUCAGACAAUGACUGAGACCCUUGGAAAUCUCUCAAUUGGAGGUAAGGCAAAGGAGAGAGGAAGUCGAAUAUCUGAAGCCACUCGUAAAGAGAGGGAAAGAAGGCAGGGAAAACUCACUAAAGCCUUAAAUAAUGACAUCCUUCGUGACAUGGAAAACAAGACCAGGGAAGAGCAAUACAUCGAACGUCUCAAGAGGCAAUCUAAACAAGAGGAAGAGCUCAAUUAUGAGAUCUGGAAGACUGAGCAAUGUAAAAAUGUUAUCAUUGAGAACAGAAAGCUGAGAGAAGCAAGAUAUUAUAAAAGAAAAGAGCUGGACACAACUAACGCAAUUUCUAGAGAAGAAGAGAUGCUAAGGACUCUUGAUGAGCAGAGAAAUAUUGACGAAGAGAGUCAAUUCGAGAGAGAAUCUGAUCUUAGAAUCAACUGUAAGCAAGACCAAAGAAAGUACAGGACUGAUAUAUGCUCAAAAAUGCUCGAUGAGAUCUUUGAGAUCGCAAAUCAGGCUUAUAUCCUUCAACAGCAGACUGACAGUGAGGAGAUUGAUGACAGAAACUGGAGGGAGUGGACCAAGCUCUUUAAAACUCAAGAAUCCAUCAAAGCAGCCUAUGUCGAAGGCAAGCCAGAUUUUGACGAAGACGAUGAUAAGAUCUUAGGUGAAACCAAAAUAGACACCGAAGAAGAGUCUCUUGAGAAAGCAGAGUUUACUCUAGAUGAUGAAGAACUUACUGAUUAUCUCAAAAGCCAAGGACAGUGGAAAGGAGAUCUGGUUAAUGAUGAGGAAAACAAAAUCAACAUGGAACAAAUCCUUAACUCUGGAGAAGCAACAGGAGGCAAAGGAGGAAAGGGAGCUCAGCCAGAGAGUAAACUUGAUGAAGACGAAAUGACAAUUCCAGAAGUCCUCCCAAAGAACAAUAUUCUAGGAGACGUUGUUGAGCAAGUCAUUAAUAUCAACUACGAUGGCGAGAAGGACAUAGUACGACCAGAGGUGCCAAACCAUUUAACUCUCCGUCUUGCUAUGGUAGGUAAAUCAUUCGCUGGUAAGAAGACCCAAGCCCAGCUGAUCGCUGAGAAGUACGACCUAAAGCAGUAUCACCCAUUCGAGCUGAUAGAUGAAGCACUAAGUAGAUCUAAGGAAGAACUUGAAGAAAUUGAGAAAGAUAAUUCUAGAACUGCUUACUCUGAGGAAAAGGAGAAGCGCCAUGACAAAGAAGGUGAAGAUGAACCUGAAGAAGAAGAAAACACAGAGGAAGAAAAUCAAGAAAACAAGGAAGAUACUCCCGACGCCCAAGCUGAGGGCCAGAAGGAGCCAAAAGAAGAAUCUGUGAAGGAAGAAACUCCUGAAGAGAAUAAAGAUGAAUCCAAAGAUGCACCUGAGGCCUCAGAAGCAGACCACCAAGAAGAAGACAAGAAGAAAGAAAUAGUUGUUGGCGAAGGCGAAGAUAAUAUUGAGGUGAUCAGAGAAGGGUCUAAUGAAGAAAUCCUUAAUGUCGAAGCUGAGUUUGAGAGAAAGAGAAGCCCAAUCUUCUUCAAAAGACCAAUGACCAAGGAAGAGAAACUACAGAAAAUCAGAAGAAACUUGUUCAGAACCACUGGUAAAAGGUUAGAAGAAAUCCUGCUAGAAGGAAAAGAAAUUCCUGAAGAAAUGGUGGUUGAACUUUUUGUUUCCUCUAUUAAGGCUGAUUUCUUGUAUAAAACACAAGAAGAGAUUGAUGAAGACGUGAAGAAAAUUAUUGAAAGAGAAGAAGAAAUCAAAGAAGAAUUAUCAAAAGCCAAGGAAGUUCAAGGAAAAUCUUUCAGAAAUGCAGCUGUUAUUGAUGAAGAAGCCCUGAAGAAGGAAUUAGAAGAACUAGCUAACUUUAAUAAAUUUGGAUGGAUCUUGGUUGACUUCCCUUGUUCUCUACAACAAGCAAGCAGACUUGAAGCUCAGUUGAGUGGAUAUUUACCAGAGAUUGAUAAAGAGAUUUGUGAGAGAAAUGAGAAACUCACAACUGCUUGCAGAAUCAUAGAACCUUCAGAUAAGCCUAAUAUUGAUGACACACUUCAAGAAUCUGGACUUGAUGCUGUACUCUGGUUAGAUACAAAGAGAGAAGAAUGCAGGAGAAGAGCUCUUGGUCGAAGAAUUGAUCUUACCAAUGACACAGAAUUUCAUAUUGAUGAUAAUCCUCCACCAACUACAAGUCCUCCUUUAUGUGAAAGAUUGAUGCAAGUAACAGAACCUGAGAGAGCCCAAGAGGUUAUCCCAGACAAACAUCUGGCUUUCGACAACAACACUCCUCGCUUACGUCAAUGGUUCUCCAAAUUUGGGUAUGAAAAGGAAGGAGAGGAGGCUAACACUCUUGAGCUAUGCCAUGACAUCAAUGGAGAUAGUGCCAACCCUGAAGAGGUUCUAUCCAAUGCCACAGUUCUAGAAAAGAUAGUCUCUAGAAAAGAGGCUCAAUGGAGGGCUAAAAAGGAACAGUAUAGGCAAGAACUCCUCGCUGAAAAAGAAAGAAUCCGUCUUGAAGAAGAAGAGCGUAUCCGUCUUGAAGAGGAAGCGAAAAGAAAAGCCGAAGAAGAAGCUAAGAAGAAAGAAGAAGGUGAGGGAGAUGAAGAGCAACCUGAACAACAAGAGCCAGCUCCUGAAGAGCCUCCUAAGGAAGAACAGCAACCUGAUGAGGAAAAGAAGGAAGGAGAAGGAGAGAAAGAAGAGGAGCAAGAACCUCAACCCCCUGCUAAAGACAAUAUCGAUGAUGAUUUUGCACCUGUUUUAAUGAAUAUUUGGAACGAUAUUGAAGAGAAAUACCUCAAAAGAAUGAGGAAGAGCUUCAAUCUAUACAGAAAUCAGAGGAAUAGAAUCACCUCUGGUCUCUGUAAGACUCAGAAGUACUUCAUACAAUACCUAAGCAGGCCUGAUACCAAGCAAGCUAAGUUAGAUGAGUUCGUCACUGAAUUCAACAAGUUCUCUGAUGAAUACCCAGAUCUGAGAGAAGAUGAGCAAACUAAAGAAGAGCUUCAUCAGCGUACAGAUACCCUCUCAGAUCAACUCUGGGAAAUCUCGGAGGAAAGAAGAAACAAAGCUGUUGAAGAAAGGAAGAAAAUUAUGGAAAAUGGUUGGGCUGAAUUUGAACUGGAACAGGUGACCACAACCGCUCAGUACAUGUUCCAAGCUGAAGUGGACAAAUUCAGAAAUUGUGCUAACUUACUCCAGGAUUACUACUAUGCUAUUGAGGAUAGAUUAGUCCCUGACCCACCUGAGAAAAUCAAUUAUGAGAUAAUCAACAGGAACGAGGAUGGAACUUUGGAGGAGCUCCCACCUGUAUUUGAGACCCAAGAAGGAGAAGAUGGAUCUAAAGAGGCUUACCCAAGGCUAGAUAAACUUUUUGAAAGAGGCCUUAAGGCCCAGAUCCUUCCUGAAGUCGAGACAACCCCUCCAGGAGGAGCUGCAGCUGGUGAUAAAAAGGGAGGCAAAGGAAAAGAUGCUAAGAAAGGAGGUGAAGAAGAAGUAGAAGAAAAAUACUUCUAUGAGGAAGAACUCCAAAAUGCUAUUAAGACUGAAAAGGCAGUCUUGAGAUUCAGACUCACUAUGAUCAGAAAUUGGGCCCUCAGUUUGAUGAAAGAAAUUAGAGUUAGAAGCAAUACAUGCUUCCAGAAAUUAGAUACCUGGAUUCAGGUUACAUUCAAGGCAGAGACUGAUGCUAUUAUCGAGAAAGAAAAAGUCAUUAAAAGGAGCAUUGAAGAGGAGACAAAGCUUCAACAUGAACUUAAAAUUAAAGGAAUGGACUUCUAUCUGGAUGAGAAGUUCCUUAACUUUGAGGAUCCUCCUCCAGAGGUAUAUGCUGCUAGAGAAGAACCUCAAGAUAAUAGAUUCACAAUUAAACAACUUGAAUCAUUAGUUAACGAAUUCAUCGUUUCUUCAAAGGAUGGACUUAUUAAGAAUGAGUGUAUUGUGGACCUGCUUUUGACAAGGACUCUGAACUCUAGAAAAUUCUCUGACGAAAAUGGAGUACCUUCUGUACUCAAGGACUGAGAUAGAAGUGCAUAUGAGAUGCUUAUCAAAGCCUUUGAUGUUAAAUUUACAGGAUUUGUAUCAUUCAAAAAGGUAGCAAUCACCUUAUGCUUGCUCAGUAGCCAAGUGCCCAGUGAUGAGCAGCUUGAAGAAUAUAAGAACAACUUGUUGGCCAAGGUUCUUGAGGAGCACGAUGGUAGCCACUAUGUUGGCAAGAAUGUGUUCAUUAAAGUCCCUGCAUGGUUCGACUCAAAUGAGAUCUCAGUCGAUCUUCCUCAGUAUGAGCCUUACCCAAGAGUAAAGAACUUAAAGAGUAUUCUGUUCGAUGUUGUAAAGACGGAAGAUUUCUUAGUCAAUAUUGAAGAAUUCAUCGGACUUUUACAAAUCAAAAUUCCAGAAAGAGAUAUUGCAAUCUAUGGUGAUAUUAUUAAAUCUGAAGAAUAAAUUAUAAUUCAAUGUGGU